GAUGAGGCCAGCAUUGGCACCAGUUAAUAUCACAGGGAGGCAAGGACACAGGGCAGUAUAUGGGAUAAGGCCGUUAUAAGGCGGCUUGGAUUUUCAUUUCUUAAUAGUUACUUAGGAUAUCAAAUCGGAUAUUUACGACUGAUCUAUGCUGACGGAUGAAAGUGUCAAACAGGGGAGAUGGCUUUGCAUCCCAGGUCUCCACUACUGCUCUUCCAGAUCAUUUUGUUUCUCUCUGCAGUUUUCGCAGGAAGUUGUUGCCCAUCCGCAGCAGGCUGGCAACGAGAGGGAGAUUUCUGCUUCAAAAUAGUCAAUUUUAAUAGUCAAGGUCAGAGAGUGAAUUGGGCAACGGCCUUGGGCGACUGUCGUGACGACGGUGGUCAACUAGCCAGCAUACACAGUGCACAGCAACAAUACUAUUUACACGAAAACCUUGUUGACACUUAUGAGUACUGGAUUGGGCUGAAUGACCAAGAUGACGAAGGUACCUAUAUGUGGGUCGAUGGAACCGACACGAACGUGUUUUUCUGGAAUGAGAAUAAAAGUCCAGCUGAGCCAGAUGGGGGCAAUGGAGAAGACUGUGUCUUUAUAUCUAAUGAUGAAGGAAAUUUGCAGACUGAUAUGGACAACGCUUGGGGAGAUAGAAACUGCAAUGUCAAGAUGAACUACAUCUGCGGUGAACCGGCUUACGUGCUCGUGCCUGAUGUUGAGAAUCAAUGUGUUGAUGCUGGCCAAGCAUCCGUUUCACUGAACUGGAUGGAGGUUACCGCCGUGGACAAGGAGAUGGCAACUGUGGACGGUCCCAUCACUUGUGCGGACUCAGGAGGCGGAACCAGCAUCACCCUCAUGGGUGGAGACUUUGGACUAGGGUCCCACAUACUCACCUGUUCAGUCGGGUUUUCCGAUGGAAGUACUGACUCGUCCAGUUUUACCUUCUCUGUAGCAGCUUUUCCAUCUCUGACAGUUCCAACUGUUAGCACCCAGACUCUCGAGGCCGGACAGUCAACAGUUACAGUGACUUGGGACGAGGUAACGGCAACAGAUUCUGAUUCCCAGCCCAUAACGUGCUCAGACUCCGGCGACGGUACCAGUCUGAGUGUGACCGGUGGUGUCUUCGGCCUCGGACCCCACACAAUCAUAUGCGAAGUGACCAACCUGGCUGGUUGCUUGCAAGAAGAGAGCUUCACAUUUGAGGUUACAGAAUCAGUCGUCCAAACAACCACCGAAGAGCUAACAACACCACACUUCAAACCAACAACAGAGGGGUCAAUGAAGCAACCAACAACGUCAAAAAUGCAAGUAACAAAAAAAGCAGUUGUUCUGCCAACUACAGACGGAUUAGUUGAUCGACAGACAACGUCAAGCAAUCACCUAACCACGGCGGAAGUCAAUAAACCAACCACAAACGUAGCAGUGAAGGUACCGACAACGCCAAACGUUCAACCAACCACAGAGGAAGUCAAUCAACCAACUACGGCACAGCUAAUGAAGAGACCAACAACGUCAAGCAAUCAACAAACAACAGAGGACGUAAAUAAACCAACCACAGACAGAGAUAUGAAAGGACCGACUACGGAAAACAUUCAACCAACCACAGAAGACAUACAACCAACCACAGACGGACCAAUUGAUCAAAGGACAACAUUAAGCAAUCAGCAAACCACAAUGAAAGUCAUACAACUAGCCACGACAAUGCCAAUGAAUGGACUGACAACGUCAAGCAAUCACCUAACCACGGUGGAAGUCAAUAAACCAACCACAAACGUAGCAAUGAAUGUACCGACAACGCCAAACGUUCAGCUCACCACAGAGGAUGCGAUACUGCUAACCACAGACGGAUCAGUGGACCGACAGACAACGCCAAACAGUCAACCAACCACAGAGGAAGUCAAUCAACCAACUACGGCACAGCUAAUGAAGAGACCAACAACGUCAAGCAAUCAACAAACAACAGAGGACGUAAAUAAACCAACCACAGACAGAGAUAUGAAAGGACCGACUACGGAAAACAUUCAACCAACCACAGGAGACAUACAACCAACCACAGACGGACCAAUUGAUCAAAGGACAACAUCAAGCAAUCAGCAAACCACAAUGAAAGUUAUACAACUAACCACGACAUUGCCAAUGAAUGGACUGACAACGUCAAACAUUCAACCAACCACAAAGAAAGACAUACAACCAACAACAGACGGAGAAAUGAAGGGGGCAACAACGUCGAGUAAUCUACAAACCACAGAUGGGGUCAUUUAUCAAACCACAGACAGAGAAAUGAAAGGACCGACUACAGCAAACAUUCAACCAACCACGAAAGAAGCUCUACAACCAACAACAGACGGAGUGAUGAAUGAACCGACAACGUGGAGCAAUCAAGUAACCACAGUGGGACACACUACAUCAAGCAUUCAACAAAAUUCAGAUGGAAUGACGUCUGCCUCAUCAACAGAGUCAACAACGGAAGGUCUGAAAACAGUAUCCGUCGAAUUGCAUAUUAGAGGAGUAAAUGGCACGGCUCUCAACUCCUCAGACUUCACCGAUCCUAACUCCGUAGCUUCAAUGGAGUUGGCAGAACUGGUGGCCAGAGUGAUUGCACGUGAACUCGGAGAGAAUGCAACAACAAGCGACGUCGAAUCCGUCAGUGGUUCGAUUUCUAUUGGACCAGAUGGUGUAGUCUUCACAGGUGACGUCUUCGUCCCGGUGGAUUCACCUGUAACUGCUGAAACCAUCAUGCAAAUCUUAUCCAAUCGGGCUGAUGCAGGACCCUUAACUGAUGGACAGAGUACACUGGAUGUGGUUACUGCUAGGAGUCUGAUAUUAGUCACCAUUGUACUGAAUAUAAGAGGAGUCAAUGGCACGGCUCUCAACUCCUCAGACUACACCGAUCCCAACUCCGCAGCUUCAAUGGAGUUGGCAGAACUGGUGGCAAGAGUGAUUGCACGUGAACUCGGAGAGAAUGCAACAACAAGCGACGUUGAAUCCGUCAACGGUUCGAUUACCAUUGGACCAGAUGGUGUAGUCUUCACAGGUGACGUCUUCGUCCCGGUGGAUUCACCUGUAACUGCUGAAACCAUCAUGCAAAUCUUAUCCAAUCAGGCUGCUGCAGGACCCUUAACUGACGGUCAGAGUACACUGGAUGUGGUUACUGCUAGGAGCCUGAGAUCAGUCAGCAUUGUAUUGAAUAUUAGAGGAGUAAAUGGCACGGCUCUCAACUCCUCAGACUACACCGAUCCAAACUCAGCAGCUUCAAUGGAGUUGGCAGAACUGGUGGCCAGAGUGAUUGCACGUGAACUCGGAGAGAAUGCAACAACAGGCGACAUUGAAUCCGUCAAUGGUUCGAUUUCCAUUGGACCAGAUGGUGUAGUCUUCACAGGUGACGUCUUCGUCCCGGUGGAUUCACCUGUAACUGCUGAAACCAUCAUGCAAAUCUUAUCCAAUCGGGCUGAUGCAGGACCCUUAACUGAUGGACAGAGUACACUGGAUGUGGUUACUGCUAGGAGUCUGAUAUUAGUCACCAUUGUACUGAAUAUAAGAGGAGUCAAUGGCACGGCUCUCAACUCCUCAGACUACACCGAUCCCAACUCCGCAGCUUCAAUGGAGUUGGCAGAACUGGUGGCAAGAGUGAUUGCACGUGAACUCGGAGAGAAUGCAACAACAAGCGACGUUGAAUCCGUCAACGGUUCGAUUACCAUUGGACCAGAUGGUGUAGUCUUCACAGGUGACGUCUUCGUCCCGGUGGAUUCACCUGUACCUGCUGAAACCAUCAUGCAAAUCUUAUCCAAUCAGGCUGCUGCAGGACCCUUAACUGACGGUCAGAGUACACUGGAUGUGGUUACUGCUAGGAGCCUGAGAUCAGUCAGCAUUGUAUUGAAUAUUAGAGGAGUAAAUGGCACGGCUCUCAACUCCUCAGACUACACCGAUCCAAACUCAGCAGCUUCAAUGGAGUUGGCAGAACUGGUGGCCAGAGUGAUUGCACGUGAACUCGGAGAGAAUGCAACAACAGGCGACAUUGAAUCCGUCAAUGGUUCGAUUUCCAUUGGACCAGAUGGUGUAGUCUUCACAGGUGACGUCUUCGUCCCGGUGGAUUCACCUGUAACUGCUGAAACCAUCAUGCAAAUCUUAUCCAAUCGGGCUGAUGCAGGACCCUUAACUGAUGGACAGAGUACACUGGAUGUGGUUACUGCUAGGAGUCUGAUAUUAGUCACCAUUGUACUGAAUAUAAGAGGAGUCAAUGGCACGGCUCUCAACUCCUCAGACUACACCGAUCCCAACUCCGCAGCUUCAAUGGAGUUGGCAGAACUGGUGGCAAGAGUGAUUGCACGUGAACUCGGAGAGAAUGCAACAACAAGCGACGUUGAAUCCGUCAACGGUUCGAUUACCAUUGGACCAGAUGGUGUAGUCUUCACAGGUGACGUCUUCGUCCCGGUGGAUUCACCUGUACCUGCUGAAACCAUCAUGCAAAUCUUAUCCAAUCAGGCUGCUGCAGGACCCUUAACUGACGGUCAGAGUACACUGGAUGUGGUUACUGCUAGGAGCCUGAGAUCAGUCAGCAUUGUAUUGAAUAUUAGAGGAGUAAAUGGCACGGCUCUCAACUCCUCAGACUACACCGAUCCAAACUCAGCAGCUUCAAUGGAGUUGGCAGAACUGGUGGCCAGAGUGAUUGCACGUGAACUCGGAGAGAAUGCAACAACAGGCGACAUUGAAUCCGUCAAUGGUUCGAUUUCCAUUGGACCAGAUGGUGUAGUCUUCACAGGUGACGUCUUCGUCCCGGUGGAUUCACCUGUAACUGCUGAAACCAUCAUGCAAAUCUUAUCCAAUCGGGCUGAUGCAGGACCCUUAACUGAUGGACAGAGUACACUGGAUGUGGUUACUGCUAGGAGUCUGAUAUUAGUCACCAUUGUACUGAAUAUAAGAGGAGUCAAUGGCACGGCUCUCAACUCCUCAGACUACACCGAUCCCAACUCCGCAGCUUCAAUGGAGUUGGCAGAACUGGUGGCAAGAGUGAUUGCACGUGAACUCGGAGAGAAUGCAACAACAAGCGACGUUGAAUCCGUCAACGGUUCGAUUACCAUUGGACCAGAUGGUGUAGUCUUCACAGGUGACGUCUUCGUCCCGGUGGAUUCACCUGUACCUGCUGAAACCAUCAUGCAAAUCUUAUCCAAUCAGGCUGCUGCAGGACCCUUAACUGACGGUCAGAGUACACUGGAUGUGGUUACUGCUAGGAGCCUGAGAUCAGUCAGCAUUGUAUUGAAUAUUAGAGGAGUAAAUGGCACGGCUCUCAACUCCUCAGACUACACCGAUCCAAACUCAGCAGCUUCAAUGGAGUUGGCAGAACUGGUGGCCAGAGUGAUUGCACGUGAACUCGGAGAGAAUGCAACAACAGGCGACAUUGAAUCCGUCAAUGGUUCGAUUUCCAUUGGACCAGAUGGUGUAGUCUUCACAGGUGACGUCUUCGUCCCGGUGGAUUCACCUGUAACUGCUGAAACCAUCAUGCAAAUCUUAUCCAAUCAGGCUGAUGCAGGGCCCUUAACUGAUGGUCAGAGUACACUGGAUGCGGUAGAUGCUAUGGGUCUGAGAUCAGUCAGCAUCGUAUUGAAUAUUAGAGGAGUAAAUGGCACGGCUCUCAACUCCUCAGACUUCACCGAUCCCAACUCCGCAGCUUCAAUAGAGUUGGCAGAACUGGUGGCCAGAGUGAUUGCACGUGAACUCGGAGAAAAUGCAACAACAAGCGACGUUGAAUCUGUCAAUGGUUCGAUUUCCAUCGGAACAGAUGGUGUAGUCUUCACAGGUGACGUCUUCGUCCCGGUGGAUUCACCUGUAACUGCUGAAACCAUCAUGCAAAUCUUAUCCAAUCAGGCUGGUGCAGGACCCUUAACUGAUGGUCAGAGUACACUGGAUGCAGGUGAUGCUAUGGAUCUAAGAUCAGUCAGCAUUGUAUUGAAUAUUAGAGGAGUAAAUGGCACGGCUCUCAACUCCUCAGACUACACCGAUCCUAACUCCACCGUUUCAGUGGAGUUGGCAGAACUGGUGACCAGAGUGAUCGCACGUGAACUCGGAGAGAACGCAACAACAGGCGACGUUGCAUCCGUCAGUGGUUCGAUUUCUAUUGGACCAGAUGGUGUAGUCUUCACAGGUAACGUCUUCGUCCCGGUGGAUUCACCUGUAACUGCUGAAACCAUCAUGCAAAUCUUAUCCAAUCAGGCUGAUGCAGGACCCUUAACUGACGGUCAGAGUACACUGGAUGUGGUUACUGCUAGGAGUCUGAGAUCAGUCAGCAUCGUAUUGGAUAUUAGAGGAGUAAAUGGCACGGCUCUCAACUCCUCAGACUACGUCGAUCCUAACUCCGCAGCUUCAAUGGAGUUGGCAGAACUGGUGGCCAGAGUGAUUGCACGUUCACUCAGGGAAAAUGCAACAACAAGCGACGUUGAAUCCGUCAAUGGUUGGAUUUCCAUUGGAACAAAUGGUAUAGUCUUCACAGGUGACGUCUUCGUCCCGGUGGAUUCACCUGUAACUGCUGAAACGAUAAUGCAAAUCUUAUCCAAUCAGGCUGAUGCAGGACCCUUAACUGAUGGUCAGAGUACACUGGAUGCGGGUAAUGCUAUGGGUCUGAGAUCAGUCAGCAUCGUAUUGAAUAUUAAAGGAGUAAAUGGCACGGCUCUCAACUCCUCAGACUUCACCGAUCCUAACUCCGCAGCUUCAGUAGAGUUGGCAGAACUGGUGGCCAGAGUGAUUGCACGUGAACUCGGAGAGAAUGCAACAACAAGCGACGUCGAAUCCGUCAAUGGUUCGAUUUCCGUUGAAACAGAUGGUGUAGUCUUCACAGGUGACGUCUUCGUCCCGUUGGAUUCAACUGUAACUGCUGAAACCAUCAUGCAAAUCUUAUCCAAUCAGGCUGAUGCAGGACCCUUAACUGAUGGACAGAGUACACUGGAUGCAGGUGAUGCUAUGGAUCUAAAAUCAGUCAGCAUUGUAUUGAAUAUUAGAGGAGUAAAUGGCACGGCUCUCAACUCCUCAGACUACACCGAUCCUAACUCCGCAGCUUCAAUGGAGUUGGCAGAACUGGUGGCCAGAGUGAUCGCACGUGAACUCGGAGAGAAUGCAACAACAAGCGACGUUGAAUCCGUCAAUGGUCGGAUUUCUAUUGGAACAGAUGGUGUAGUCUUCACAGGUGACGUCUUCGUCCCGGUGGAUUCACCUGUCACUGCUGAAACCAUCAUGCAAAUCUUAUCCAAUCAGGCUGAUGCAGGACCCUUAACUGAUGGUCAGAGUACACUGGAGGUGGUUACUGCUAGGAGUCCGAUAUCAGUCACGAUUGUAUUGAAUAUAAGAGGAGUAAAUGGCACGGCUCUCAACUCCUCAGACUACACCGAUCCUAACUCCGCAGCUUCAAUGGAGUUGGCAGAACUGGUAGCCAGAGUGAUUGCACAUGAACUCGGAGAGAAUGCAACAACAAGCGACGUUGAAUCCGUCAAUGGUUCGAUUUCCAUUGGAACAGAUGGUGUAGUCUUCACAGGUGACGUCUUCGUCCCGGUGGAUUCACCUGUAACUGCUGAAACCAUCAUGCAAAUCUUAUCCAAUCGGGUUGAUGCAGGACCCUUAACUGAUGGACAGAGUACACUGGAUGCAGGUGAUGCUAUGGAUCUAAGAUCAGUCAGCAUUGUAUUGAAUAUUAGAAGAUUAAAUGGCACGGCUCUCAACUCCUCAGACUACACCGAUCCCAACUCCGCAGCUUCAAUGGAGUUGGCCGAACUGGUGGCCAGAGUGAUUGCACGUGAACUCGGAGAGAAUGUAACAACAGGCGACGUUAAAUCUGUCAAUGGUUUGAUUUCUAAUGGACAAGAUGGUGUAGUUUUCACAGGUGAUGUAAUCGUCCCAGUGGAUUCACCUGUAACUGCUGAAAUCAUUAUGCAAAUCUUAUCCAAUCAGGCUGCUGCAGGACCCUUAACUGAUGGACAGAGUAAACUGGAUUUGGUUACUGCUACGAGUCUGAGAUCAGUCAGCAUUGUAUUGAAUAUUGGAGGAGAUAAUGGCACGGCUCUCAACUCCUCAGACUACAUCGAUCCUAACUCCGCAACUUCAAUGGAGUUGGCAGAACUGGUGGCCAGAGUGAUUGCACGUGAACUCGGAGAGAAUGCAACAACAAGCGACGUUGAAUCCGUCAAUGGUUCGAUUUCUAUUGGACCAGAUGGUGUAGUCUUCACAGGUGACGUCUUCGUCCCGGUGGAUUCACCUGUAACUGCUGAUAUCAUCAUGCAAAUCUUAUCGAAUCAGGCUAAUGCAAGACCCUUAACUGAUGGACAAAGUACAUUGGAUUUGAAGCUUUCAAUUAAUGAUAUGGUUGAAGAUCACUGUGACCCAAACCCAUGUAUGAAUGGAGGAACUUGUGAAGUCAGUAUGGAUAGCCACAGCUGCAUCUGCGUAGAGGGAUUUACAGGACAUGACUGCGAUACAGACAUUGACAAUUGUGAUCCAAACCCUUGCCCGGACGGGGAAAGUUGUGUAGAUGGUUUAAACAGCUUCAGUUGUGUCGACACCUGUGUGGACAACAGCUGUGAAACAGAUCCUUGUGCAGCGAAUCCUGUACUCUGUACUGCUACACCUGGCCAAUAUUGCCUGCCAGCUCCCUUCGAAGAACGACCCGCACGUUACAGGUGUGCCUGUCGAGAAUUGGAUGGAUUCUUCUUGGACAGUUCCACAAACAAUUGUACCCAGAACGGGUUCAGGGCAGUUACGAUUGAGCUGAAUGUGGAAGGGAUCAACGGAACCGAACUACUUCUUGAAAAUCUUAGUGAGCCUGAGUUGUUGUCCGCUGUUGCUGGUGUGAUUCAAGCUGAGCUGAGGCGGUUGGCUGCAACCAGUGGCAUUAGUCGUGUCUUUCCCAUCCUGGUGUCGGAAAAAGACGGCGUAAUGGUAUUCACGGGUGUUAUCCAGGUCCCGGCCGAUUCGAAUAUAACCGCUGCUGUCAUCGAGUCGUCAUUGGCGAUUUUGUCAUCGUCAAGGCCUCUCACAGACGGACAGACCACACUGAAUGUUAACUCAGAAGUAACUGCUAUGGUCUCCACAACUGCUUGCCCAUCAAACUUCUGCCAGAACGGAGGAACGUGCGAUGUCUCCGGGCAGUAUCCAGUGUUCGAGUAUACUUGCAGAUGCUCGACUGGAUUUACAGGCUCCAAUUGUGAGUCGAUCAUUCCUGUACAAAUCGAUGAACAUCAAAGUCCAACACCAACAGUUUCUGUCGCACCUUUAUCAGAACAAGGUUCCAUAUCACAGGUGGCGGCCGUAUUCCUUUUGGUGGGAGCGGUGGCCCUGGUCCUGUUGUUACUGGGCAUCUGGUGUUGCUUGGUCUACCGGUUACGAAAAAGAAGACAGCGCAGCAGGCGUGUGAUGUACGAGUCCCAAUACACGAUAGUCAUGAAUCCAAUGGCCGGCAAGAGGGAGCCGAAUUUCCUCGUGGCAUUCGUAGCUAGCGGCCAGGAGGCCGAGGUCCCAAACCCUUAUCUGCCUUAUUAAGCAUGGGCAGUAAUGUUCCUACUCUCUCAAGAUCAGCCGCACUGAUCAGCGCCCAGUGAGAGAGUAAAAUAGGGGUAGCACUUCCUCCACACCACAAGAAAAACAACUUGUAGAACUUUCUUUCAUUAAACAUUGUACAUAUAGUGUUAUUCCUUGCAUCAGUUGUCCAUAAUUUACAGUAAUUUGUUGGUCGUUCUUGCAAUAAAUCUUGUAGCGUUUUCAGAUUGUCAAUUCUUAAUGAUCAAUUUGUCUUCAUUUUUAGCUAAUUAUCACACUUUAAUUAUCAAUGUUCCUUUUUGAACCUUCUUAAAGAUCUUUCCUGUAUAACGAUUAAUUCUCAUUGCUUUCCUUGUAUCAUAUACUCACGCAUGCAUAUGUAAUGUGUAGUCCCUAUAGUUUUAUACAGAGUAAAUGACCUUCACUGCCCACACACGUUACUGGUCAGUUUCUCAGUUGAAAACCUAAUGUUACUUGAUCAUUGUUUUAAGGUACUAUAUUACUCAUUCAUAGUCAUCUUUUUGAGAAUCAAGGAUAGUUUUCCCAUUCUUAAGUAUUCCUGUUCCACCAGUAUAUAAGUACUGCCCUGUGAGAAGUUCCUCAUUCUAGUCUCUGUCAUGCGAACAGUUCAUUCAAUUUCACCUACUCACUCGGUUCAACUCAUUCAGUUCAUUCGAUUUAAACGUUUUCUCAGCUCGCUUUAACCAAUUCAAUCAAUCAAUGUGUAUUUAAUGUUGUUGUGGAAUAAACGGCCACGGU